UCAUCUCCCGCUGGAGCUUCCAAAAAAACCAAAACAUUUUUACGCAAACAUGUCGGUCUCCACAAAAUUCAGUUUCACCGUGAGAAGCAUUUUGGAUUUACCCGAGGACGAGGGGAACAGUAUUCCACGUUUCCGGGCGGAUCCAGUCUCCGAUGCAGCCUACUCGUCAUGGAUGAAUAUUGACGGAAACCACUGCACAUCAUCAGAUGAAGGCACUCCAGAUAACACAUCUGAUUCACUCGAUCCGACGGAGGCCUCAUUGGAAACUGAGAGCGACAAGAAGAAGAAGCGCCGCGUGCUCUUCUCCAAAGCGCAGACCUAUGAGCUCGAGCGGCGUUUCCGCCACCAGCGCUACCUGUCGGCUCCCGAGCGCGAACAACUGGCGCACCUGCUCAGCCUCACUCCGACGCAGGUGAAGAUCUGGUUUCAAAAUCACCGCUACAAGAUGAAGAGAGCCCGUGCCGAGGGACCCUCGGACCUCGGCCAACCAGCGGUGCUGCAGAGGAUCAUGGUCCCUGUCCUAAUGCGAGAUGGCAAACCCUACCAGACUUGCUUCAUCGGCGCUGAGAGAAACGGAUGUAUGGUCGCCUCAGCAGCACCUGCCCCUCACUACAGCGUUCAGGGAUGCCAGUCUUUACAGCAUCCCACGCCGCUCGGCCUAUUUCCCAGAUUUCAGCACUUUACGCACUCUGUGCCCACUUCACACCAUUUCGUUUGGUAAAAUCUCACCUAAGACACCAACAAGGAGACCGUUUUGACUCAUACAAACACUUCACGAAGUUGGAUCAGUUUUUAGAAUGAAGAUAUUUGUCACAUCCGUUUGAGGUGUGUUUGAUUAAAACUAUUUAAACAUAGUUCUUUCAGAAAUACCAGAAGAUAUUUUGCACAUAUUAUAUGUUUUACUGCCAUUUUAUAGUCUUGUUUUGUAUAUUCGAAUAUGAUGAACAUUUUAGUGGGUUCUGUCGCUUAUAACUUUGCGU